AUCGAACCCGAAGAUUUUAAAUCGUGGAUUUUUUUAUUUUCUUCUCAGCGGAUUUUGGAUUUUGGUCUUUUUGUGGGAUUUAACGCUCCAGUGAAUUUAACACUUUCCUGUCAGAACUUGUGGAUAUUCAGUUUUUAUUCUUCUUCAGUCGGAACCUCCUGGAGUCCUUCAGCGGGUCUCAGUCUGAGGUGGGGUCUAUUUGGGGGUUUUGAUCCUUUGCUGGUGCAGUUCUUGUCUGGAUGCCCCAGGACUACCCGCAGGCUGCAGUUCCUCCCCCGGCCCACAGGGCGGCAGCAGAGAGCGGUGGCCGGCUGCUGGACCGGCGAGGCGUCGGCAUGAGCGACUUCUGGCACAAGAUGGGCUGCUGCGUGGUGGCCAAACCCCCGCCGAAGAAGAAGAGGAGGAAGAUUGAUCGCAGUAUGAUCGGAGAGCCGACGAACUUCAUUCACCUCACACACAUCGGCUCUGGAGAGAUGGCAGAGGGACUGCAGCCGGUGAGACAGGACCUGCCUGUCUGUCUGUCUGUCUGUCUACUCCGCCCUGAGGCCUUCGAGACCUCGCGCCCCUUGAGCCUGUCGGACCUUCUGAUAGCCUACGAAGCCUCCCCGUAA